AUGGAGAUCAUCAUCUUCCACAAAUACAUAAUGCUCAGCUAUUCUGCUGGUGGCCCUUACAAACCAGACCAACCUCCUCGAUCAAAGACCUUUUCACACACUGCCUCCUACAAACCGCCGAAGAAGAUGAAGUCUCUCACUAUCUUUCUUUUCUCCCUCCUUGUGCUCAUCGCAACAACUGCUGCCGACGAAAUCACAAAGCGCAAAAGGCUUAUCGAAUGCGCGAACAAAGAAUUGGACAAGGAGAAUGCCGGAUGGAAACUUCAGGGUGACGAAUUGGAGAAAUUGAAAAAGAUCAUAGACGACGAGGUCUUGAAGGAGCCCCUCAAAUCACAUACCGCGGAAGAACAAGCAAAAGUCCUGAAGGAAAUUGAAGACGCCGGGAAGAAAGACCUGCCAAAAGUUUCAGUCAAACAGCUGGACAAGAUUAUGGCUAAACUGAAAGAACACUCUAUGCAUUGCGCCAAGGAGAUGAGGAGUUAG